UAUGUUUGAAGAACGAGGGGCGGUAGCCCCGAGUUCUUUAAAAUUUCCGAGUAAUGUAAAACCAGAUAACGUUACGUGCAUCGUAACACGUUUUAUUUUAUCCUAUAAUCACAAUUUAAAACUAUAACAAAAAUAUUUUUAACGACAAAGUUCAAAGCGCACGAAAAAUCAGUCAGCUAUGCCUGCGUUGGUAGCCACGGUAUUAGUUGUUUACACUGAAAAAACGAUUGUUUCUGAUUUUGUAAAUGCGAGAAUGACUUCCAAAAUAAAAGGCCGUUGCUGAAAGGCAAAAAAACAGCUGGCAGGUAUCUCAAAGAGAUAGUAAACUUUAAGACCUGGAGAAAAAAAUACACAAUAGAUAAAUUAAUUACUAUUAGCAGACGCUUCGGAAUUAACCACAAUGAAGAUCUCGUCGCUGGUUUUACUAAACCAGCAAUUAACAUUGUAAAUAAUUUUUAAUCUUAUCUACGGACGUCAAUAUUACCUUGAAUAAAAAAAUACCACAAUGAAGAUCUCGUCGCUGGUUUUACUAAACCUCAUUUUUGUACAAGCGUACCCUAGUACCACCAAAAUCGACUAUUACGUGAAUUGGAUAAACAGUGCCAACAAGAAUGCAUUAACCUACGAAUGGCCAAAAAACGCAAACGAACAUUUUUCCGACGAACAAAUCAAAAAAUAUGGUACUUUCGACUUCGUUGUCGUUGGAGGUGGUGCCGCAGGCUCCGCAGUCGCCAACCGAUUAUCUGAAAUUCCUAAUUGGAACGUCCUACUACUGGAAGCGGGAACCCAUGGAAACAACCUCACAGACAUCCCAGCGAUGUUCCCACAAACUCAAUUUACUCACUAUAAUUGGGCCUUCAACAGUACCCCUCAAACAACAGCGUGCCAAGGAAUGACCAACAAAGUUUGCCUCCUCCCCCGAGGCAAAGGUCUCGGUGGCAGUACCCUAAUCAACGGGUUGUUUUACGCCCGCGGCCACAAAUCCAACUUCCACCAAUGGGCCACCAUCACCCAAAACCAACGCUGGAACUACACAACCGUACUACAUUACUUUAAAAAAUCCGAGACAUUCAUUCACGAAAAUCGAGACACAGGAUACGACCCAGACGUGCAUGGAACCACCGGCCCUGUAAUAGUCACGUACCAACAACCCAAAACCCUACAAUUUCACGCUUUCUUGGAAGCCAAUCAAGAACUCGGGUUCGACGUAGUCGACAUCAACGCUAACAAACUUGGUGCCGGGGCAGGUCAAAGGUGUACCCACGAGGGAAAAAGGUUCGACAACGCGAAAGCUUUCCUAGAACCGGUACGACAUCGACAAAAUUUGCAAAUUUUGACUGAGAGUUACGUGACGAAGGUACGGUUUGAUGCAGCUAAAGGGGUUGCAACAGGGGUUGAGUUUAAUCAGAAGGGUGGCAAUUAUUUCGUGGAAGCUACGAAAGAGGUGGUACUGAGUGCAGGCGCGUUUGGAACGCCGCAGAUUUUGAUGUUGUCUGGAGUGGGUCCUAAGGAGCAUUUAGAGGAUUUAGGAGUUGAGGUUUUGAGGAAUUUGGAGGUGGGGAGUGUCCUUAGGGACCAUCCGACGUUUUUUGGGAUUGUUGUUGGUACUAAUUGUAGUGAAGCUGGUCAGUCGUUGCGGGAGUCUGUUGGAGAGUACUUGAAAGGUGGUGGGGUUUUGGCAGACCCAGAUGGUUUUCAGGGAAUGGGGGCGUAUGAAUCACGGUACUCCAAAGGUACAGGGAUACCUAACAUUGAAGUGUUGGUAACUACAGGGAACUACUCUUCUCCUGUAGCUCAGAGAAGUUACGGGUUUAAUGAGCAAACUUACGAAGAUUUGAACCAGGAUUUAGAUUCAAAGCUGACGCUACGUUUCUAUGUUGUCAACACAGAUCCUCAGUCUGUGGGGACAAUUAGGUUGAAAAGUACCAAUCCCUACGAUUAUCCUAUAAUAAAUACGAAUUUUCUCUCGGACGGGGAAAAUAAAGAUAUAAAUAUUCUUUUUGAAGGCGUAGAGUUAGUUUUAAGGUUUUUAGACACAAAAUAUUUUAAAGCAAUGAAUGCUACGUUACGUGGGGGUCCUUUAAGGGCCUGUAGUCAACACAAGUACUUAUCGGAAGGUUACUGGUACUGCGCUUUGAGACAAGUGACGACGACUAUUUAUCAUCCGGUUGGUACUUGUCCCAUGGGUACUGAUCCGAAAAAAGGAGCUGUGGUUGACUCUGAGUUGAAACUUUUCGGUUUCAAGAAUCUCAGAAUUGCAGAUGCCAGCGUUUUUCCUUCACUCAUAGCAGGUCAUACUUACGCAGCGAGUAUGAUGAUAGGAGAACAAUUAGGUGAUUUAGUCAAGGAAACUUACAACACAAUAGAUACAAACUAAAUAUUUAUUUUUCUAUUCAAUGUUAGUGUAAAUAUAGCCCAAUAAGAACAAA